UGAGGCUCUCUAAAGCUGCCGUGUGUCUGCAUGCAGUCUGUCGGACCUAUCUCACCUGAAAACCCCUCUGAGUACCGAAAAACGGGAUAAAACACACCGGUUAUGGAGGCUAGAGGUGUUCUAGUUCUGUGUUUCGUCUGCCUGUGCGCGUUUAUCGGCGCGCGUGGCGACAAGAAGGACAUUUACGCGAGAGUUGUGGAUUUGGUGGCUCCAGGUGAAGAGUUCCUCACAGAAGAUGCGCUUCUCUCGGUGCUUGAACGGCUUGAGAACCGUGUGCAGUGCUCCGGUGUGUCGUGUGGAAAGUGUCUUUCAGUGGAUCAUCUCUCGCAGCUGUUGAGUAACUACAGCAGCUCUCAGGGGCUUCAGAUGGAGGAUUUCUUCACCGUGGCUCCUGCGUGCUGUUUGUUCCUCAGCGCUCCGCUGGAGACCUGCGGGGCCAUACAGGAGGGCCGCUGGGGCGAAGAGACCCAUCACUUCAUCGAAACGAUCUAUGACCACGACCACAACAGCACCACCGAUCCUCCUCCUCAUGGAGACAUCAGUGAAUUUGAGGGUUUGGAGAAGAUGUUUCUCGAGAUGGAGAAAUACUAUCAGCCUGACACACAUGAGCCCUGUCUCACUCUGAAGGACAUCCUGGAAGAGAGCAGCUAUCAGCACGGUGAUCACACGCACACAGAGCUGGACGCCGUGAUGGGAAACGUCCUCUAUCACGCUCUGCGUGGAGACUGCAUGAAAACACACCACCUUCCUGAGCAGCAGUACUUCCUGGAUUACAUCUUCAGCCAUUACGGCUCUGAUAAUCUCACGCUUCAUGAUUUUGAGGGGCUUCUAAAGGCUUUAAACCUGGGUGGAGAGGAACAUGACCAUGAUGACCAUGAUGCUGACGAGCACAGCACAGAGACCCACAGGCAGAGGCAUCUGGAUGCUCAUCGGACCAACAACAGCUGGGACACGGCCUGUUUCAGCGCUGGAGACCUGUUGAGGAUUCACCGGCUGAACUCUUCAUCGCUGAGCAGAGAUCAGUUCACACAGAUCAGCCCUGCUCUGAUUCAGCAGAUCCUCAGCGGAGGCUGUUCUGAGAUCAGCCCCGCACCCGUCAGCCCAGAUACACUCAGCACUGCCGAGAGAUAUGGAUACGCCACACUGGCCAACCUCAUCAUCUGUCUGAUGGCCAUGUUUGGGAUUGUGGUGCUGCUGUUCUCCGCGUGCACACGAGUGUUUGAGCUCUGCAUCCAGUUCUGCAUCAGUCUGGCUGUGGGAUCUCUGACAGGUGACGCUCUGCUGCAUCUGCUGCCCGCGUUCUUAGGCCUCCACGUUCACGAGGACGGACACGAUCACGACCAAGCCGAGGACAACUUCGACUAUGUGUACAAACUGCUGGUGCUUGUUGCGGGCAUCUAUUUCUUCUACCUGAUGGAAAGCAUCUUCUCCAUCGUUACUCGCGGAGGACAUCACCAUAAUCAUGAUGAAGAGGAGUCUGACGUUCAUCACUGUGAUCACAGCAAAGUCCUGCAGAUGUUCCAACGAGAGAAACAGAACAAACACUCCAACUCGCAGGCCGAUCUGAUGAAUGCCGAAAAAAAUGAGAAGUCCUUCCUGGAACCUGUUGGCCCCAAAAGAGAGCAGCGUAUGCUUCCCUACAUGAUCACCAUUGGAGACGGCAUCCAUAACUUUGCGGACGGUCUGGCGAUCGGUGCAGCGUUCUCCAUCUCAUGGCGGUCCGGUCUGGCCACGUCUCUGGCUGUGCUCUGUCAUGAGCUGCCGCAUGAGUUAGGUGAUUUUGCGAUCCUGUUGCACUGUGGUUUGUCGGUCAAGCGGGCUCUGCUGCUGAACGUGGGCAGCUCUCUCACCUCCUUCAUCGGUCUAUACAUCGCGCUGUCCGUCUCCACAGAAACGCUUGCUAAGGAGUGGAUUUCGGCUGUCACCGCCGGCCUCUUUCUGUACGUGGGUCUGGCAGACAUGCUUCCUUCCCUGGUUCAUGUGGACACUAAAAGACCUUGGCUGAUAUUUUUCCUGCAGAAUCUGGGACUUUUGAGCGGUUGGGGUAUUUUGCUGCUCUUGUCCUUAUAUGAAGACCAAAUAGGGCUGUGAAUAGGGAGCAUUUGUUCCUAUAUAUCUGUCUGUGUAACUGCUGGAACAUAAGAUAUAUGUGCAAUCAGAGCAGCCCUAUGUGUUUUCAUAUGGAAUAUUUUUAGUGUUUUUAAAUUACACUUAAAUGGAAAAGCCUGCAGUUUAAAAUCA